AUGAAAUUUUUAAUACAUAUUUGGUUUCUUUUUUUAUUUAUUUUUAUUUCAGAAACGAUUUCUAUAUCUCAUAAUUUAAAAUUAAAUAAGAAUUUUAAAACAGAAAGUUAUGUAAAUGUUAAAAAAAUUAUAAAAAGGGAUAUAUUAUUAAAUCGUUUGAAGUCAUGGAAUGUAAGCGGAAUACAAUAUUAUGUUCAACCACCAGUUAAUGAAACUAAUGUUGAUAAAGCAAUUGAAUUUAUUCAAAACAAUACUUGUAUAAAAUUUAUAAAAAUGAAAACUGAAUUUAAAAAUAAGCAGGGUUUAAUUUUUAAAAGUGGUUCAGGUUGUUCAUCUUACAUUGGGCUUUUAUAUUUAAAAAAACCACAGCCUAUUUCAUUAGCUAAAUAUUGUUAUUCAACAGUUGGAUAUAUUUUACAUGAAAUUGGACAUGCAUUAGGAUUACCACAUGAACAAUCACGAAGUGAUAGAGAUGAUUAUGUGACAAUUAAUUUUACUAAUAUAAUAAAAGGUACUCAAAGCAAUUUUAAAAAAAUCGUAAAUGAUCUUUAUAAAAAUUUUUCAACACAAUACGACUUUAACUCUAUGAUGCAUUAUAGACCAAGGGAUUUUGCUAUAAAUACCAGAAUAUCAGUAAUAAAAUCUAAAUUACACGAAGCACAUGACAAGGUUAUGGGUAGUAGAAAAAAAAUGACAUUUAAUGAUAUUAAGCAAUUAAAUUUAUGCCAUUGUAAAAAAUGUACUUGCCCUACAAAAAAUGGUGUAAGAAGAAAAAAAAAUACAGCAAAGUGUAUGAAUGGUGGUUAUGCAAAUUAUAAUGACUGUAAAAAAUGCAUUUGUCCAACAGGAUUUACAGGAACGUUAUGCGAUGAAAUAGAAAAAGGUGACACAAGUUGUCCUAGUAAUACAUACGAAGCUAAAUCUAAAGAAGAAGGUAUAGUACUGUCAGGUAAAAAAAAAUGCUACAUUUUCUUAAAAGCAAAUCAAAAAAAAAAAAUAAAAUUACAAAUAAUUUCCAUUACUAAAAUAAAAAGAAAUAUAUGUGAUGAAGAAACCUCUAAUGAAAUAAAAUAUUUUUUGGAUAAAGGUAGUACUGGAUUACUUUUAUGUAACAAUUAUUGGCUUUUAAAUAUUACAUCGCAAAGUAAUUCUGUUCUUAUAGCGUAUAGAGGACAAACAGAAAAUGAUGCACUUUCUUUUUCAUUUAGGGAAACAAAUUAA